UACUUCAGACAUACGGCGGAAACAUAUUCUCAAUGGAUAGGGCUUGUUUGCGAAUUGUCAGAAAAGCGCCCACAUGGCAACUAUACCACAGACAAACAAACCUUUUAGAAGCCCAAAGACGAUCUUUACGAAGUAUAAGCUUAACACGGCAAUCGAGGAACGUUUUUAAAUUUCAUAAUUCUAAACCACAAACACUUUGCGUUUCUUGGAGCGUAAGUUCGCUACGUAAUGUUUCCGAUAUCCCAACACCGCGAAAACCUACGGUAACAGGUAGCCCUAUUGGCUGGAAAAGCGUCCUCUUUCUGGUCUCGUGUGGAUCUAUAAUGGUACUUGCAAUGAAAUUCUAUAAAAACAAAAGGGAAAAAGAGGUGGAUAAUGAAAUGAUAAAAUCUUACGGAAGACCAGAAUUAGGCGGCGACUUUGAACUCAUUGACCACACGGGAAUGCUCAGAACCAAUAAGGACUUCUUAGGGCAAUGGAUUCUUAUUUAUUUUGGUUUUACACAUUGCCCAGAUAUCUGCCCGGAAGAACUUGAAAAAAUGGGAAAUGUUGUGGACACAGUAAACAGAAAUCAACAUGUUCCUGAUAUUCUACCUGUGUUUAUCAGCAUUGACCCUGAAAGAGACACCACAGAGGCAGUUAAAGCAUAUAUUGCUGAUUUUCAUCCCUUAAUGGUUGGGUUAACUGGUACCAGAGAACAAGUAGAUAAAGCCUCUCACGCUUUCAGAGUUUAUUACUCAGCUGGCCCAAAAGAUGAUGAUUCAGACUAUCUUGUUGACCACACUAUAAUAAUGUAUCUCAUAGAUCCAGAUGGUGACUUUUGCGAGUAUUUUGGUCAAAACAAAUCUGCUGGUGAAAUUGCUUCCACUAUAACUGCUACCAUGUUUAAAUCAAAAAGAAAUUCAUGAAUUAAAAACUUUUUCAGAGAUGGUUUAAAUAAGAACCAAGCACAUACAACUGUAGAUUUGCAUUGUUUUUAAAACACGUUUUAUUAUUUAUAAAUAGCCAUGUCUGCUCUUAGCAAUGCAUUUGUAUUACUUUGUUAUUGCACCUAGUUCCAAAAAUAGACAUUGUUUAAC